AUGCCUGAAUCCUUGGAUCUCAUCACCAACAAUAAACCAUCAAAAUACCAGAGGAAACAUGAAAACGCUGCUGUACAGGAAGAUCUUCUGCAGGAAAACUGUGGAGAAGGAAACGUUCUGGUAGAAACUAAGGAGGAUUCAGCUGCAAACGGACGAUACAGCAUUGAAUAUGUCAGAGGUCAAGUGCCAAACAUUUACAGCUUAUUGGUGAAGAUCUCAGGCCUGACUGGGUCGGACUCGGGUCGGUACCGAUGUGGUUUGGGAAUCCUACCAGGAUUUCACUCUCAGUGUUUCAGGAGUUUCAACUUCCAGACCAUCAACCAGUUGGAGCUCCAGUUCAGAAGUUUUACACCUUCAGUUUCCUCUGGAAUCACCAGCCAGUCGGUUCCAACCCAAGAGAACCCAACAACAUCUGACUGUUCUCCUUCCCAAACCGCUGCAGAUGUUCAGCUGUUUGUGCUUCCAGUGCUGGCCGUCACCGCCGCCCUGCUGGCUGCGAUGAUGAUGAUGAAGGUUUUCUGCAGAAGAUCAAAGAAACCUCAAACAGAUUCUGCUGUGGAAAUGCAUCAAAGUCCUGCUGCCUGUGAGACGACCAGAAUCGAUGAUGACGAUGAUGUCAGAGAGGAAGACGGGCGGUGGAGAUCUGCUGACGUGGAGAUCUACGUGGCGUACAUUGACGCCAUCAGCAGCUCUGUGACUGCAGCUGCUCAGCAGCGCCAAGCUCCAGAUGAUCAAGAGGAUGAUGAAGCUGAGGUGAAUUUCUCCAGCAGACUGUUGGACUCGGCUCUCAGAGCCGCUGGAGGCUGCAGCAGUGACGUCCUCUACUCCGUUAUCCGCCAGGACGAGCUGCUCUACUCAAACAUUUUCUAAUCUGCUCCCAUUUGUUCAGAUGAUUUUUAUUUUAUGUUAACAAACUGACUGGUUUUACACCAACUGAAGCUGAAGGUCUGGAUAAAUUUCAACUGCAGAAAAUAUCCAUUUCAAAGUCUAAACUAUCAGUUUUCAGUCGUUCCUUGGAGGAAAUCCUGAUUCAUUUGACAUGUGGUUGUGCACCUGUCUGUCCAGGAGUUACGUGAGUUUUGUUGUUUGUCUUUUUCUUUGGAUGUUGUUCUUCUGUACGAUGAUUCAGAUGCACCCAAAGUCAAAUCCAUCUACUGUAAUAUUUUUAAAGAGUCAAGUUAUAACGGUAUCUCCUGUUUACUAAUGAGAUCAGCUAAAUAUCUUUUAUUUCAUAAUGUGUCUUAAAGCUGCUCCACAGCAGGAAGUGUCCAGCAUGUUUUCUUUGUUUCAUUGAUCUCAGUCUCAUCUGACUGAGAUCAAUCUGCAGCUUUCUGCAGAACAUUUCACCAAACGUCACAGAGUUUCUGCUUCUGGUGGCAUCAUGGAGGAUCAACGUCUUCAUCAUAUGAGUCACAUUAGCGACACCUGCUGGAUCUGAACCGUCAUUGCAGGUGGUGUGAUCUGCUGUGGACAAGAGAUGAAUGGACUCAGCUGACUGCAUGUUGGCUGCAUGUUGGCUGCAUGUUGGCUGCAUGUUGGCUGCAUGUUGGCUGCAUGUUGGCUGCAUGGACUCACACCUGAGCACAGUCUGUACAGACAGAUCAACCUAACAGUCCCAUUAGGGUCAAAGGUCAGACAGCAGCAAGCCCGGAAAGUCACGUUUAUUUGUAUAAAACAUUUCAGCAACAGAAAGUUCAAGAUGCUUUACGUCAUAAAAACAUAAUACAGUAAUUAACUAUGAAUAUCAUCAUCAAACAAAUAUAUCAAUCAAUGUUCCAUUGAUUACUAAUAAAUUCAGCUCUAAGCAGGUGGGAUUACAGCUUUGAGUUAAAGGAGCUCAGUGAAAAACACACAAAUGACAUUGUAACAUAACCAAAAUGUUUGCAGAAUAUUUCUGAAUAAAUUUAUGAAAGAUUAAAUGUAUCAAACUGUUUUGUAGAAACAGUUGCUGUUAUUUCAUUGUUUAAGUUAUUCCAUAUUUCAACUGUUUAAAACUGAUUUGGGGCAAAAAUUAUGAUGGUU